CACAACGCUGUUCUAAAUGAGAGGCACUGAUGAGGACUGAAGCGGCUAAUGUGUUUCCCUAGCGAUCAGGGGAUGGAUAUGAAAUCACAAGAAGGCCAUGGUUUUCAAUGACUGUCUGUGACUGUGCUUACGGACUCAGAAUUGUUCAUCGGGUUUUCACCUUUGACGAAAGUCCUCUAGACUCUCUCCAAUCAGCGGGAAAUAUCUGGUUGCUAUGGAAAGUAGUCGUGCAAGCCGAGAUAAAGAGAAAGUAGAAGACAGUCGGCGAUCCUCCAAAAACCAGACAGGACGAAGUCCUCAUGGCGGACGUUCCUCUUCAACCCAUUCAACCGGAGUGCUCAUGGUGGGACCAAACUUCAGGGUUGGCAAAAAGAUUGGAAGUGGAAACUUUGGUGAGCUUCGGUUAGGUAAAAAUCUCUACACAAAUGAGUACGUAGCAAUCAAAUUGGAACCCGUCAAGUCACGAGCACCACAGCUUCAUUUAGAAUACAGGUUUUACAAGCAACUUGGGAUCACAGCUGAUGGAGUUGCUCAGGUUUACUACUUUGGACCAUGUGGUAAAUAUAAUGCAAUGGUGAUGGAGCUCCUAGGACCAAGCUUGGAGGAUCUCUUUGAUCUGUGUGACCGGAACUUCACGCUGAAGACCGUGCUAAUGAUUGCCAUUCAAUUGCUUAACCGAAUGGAGUACGUCCACUCAAAGAGUUUAAUCUACAGAGACGUCAAGCCAGAAAACUUUUUGAUUGGAAAGCAAGGCAGUAAAAAGGAACACAUAAUCCAUAUAAUAGACUUUGGUUUGGCGAAGGAGUACAUUGAUUCAGAAACCAAAAAGCACAUCCCUUACAGGGAGCACAAGAGCUUAACUGGGACCGCAAGAUACAUGUCCAUCAACACGCACCUGGGCAAAGAGCAAAGCCGGAGGGACGACUUGGAGGCUUUAGGACACAUGUUUAUGUAUUUUCUACGUGGCAGUCUCCCCUGGCAGGGACUAAAGGCAGAGACACUGAAAGAACGCUACCAGAAAAUUGGGGAUACAAAACGAAAUACUCCGAUCGAGGUUCUCUGUGAGAGCUUUCCAGAGGAGAUGUCAACAUACCUUCGCUACGUGAGGAGGUUAGACUUCUUCGAAAAACCAGACUAUGAGUACUUACGUACACUUUUCUCAGAGCUUUUUGAGCGAAAGGGCUACACAUUUGAUUUUGCAUACGACUGGGUCGGCAGGCAAAUACCCACACCACUUGGAUCCUCUCAUGAAUCUGGAGUAACUCCCAUAAACAGAGAGAAUAACACACGGGAGAAAAACCAGCAGCAGCCAGUCCGCAACCAGGUGUUGCUGCUUCUUCAAGAGGAAAAAGAGAAAGGGCACACAGAGGCACAAAUGACUACGUUUGUCCAGGGACUGCGAGGUUCUGCUUGCAUGUUCACCUCCUCUUAUUUCAGAUGAAAACGACAUCUGAGCGGUUGAGAAGCUACAGACUGAUUUCUCGUUUGCUUUUGCCUGUGCCUGUGUUUCCUCUGCUGGGAAGGACCUUCUCGUCAGUCCGUCAGUCAGUCAGUCAGUCAGGCUCAAUUGCACUUAUUAUGGAAUGACUUCUCAGACGAAGAUGGACCCUGGCACGCGCCCUCAGCUUUUUCUGGCCAGGAAGAGAGGAUAAAUCCUCCCCUGUCCUGUCGUUGACUCGAGACGAAUGGUGGGAAGACUCUGCCCAAACAGACACUAGGUGGCACAGCAUCCCAGCUAGGGGAGCCAGGUGUCAGCCAGAAGCCACAUGACAUUGUGGCAAAGGGGGCAGACAACACAUUUGUCAAAAAAAAAUGGUUGUAACUAUUUUGUGAUGUAGCAUACAAGCUGUGACGAAUUUACAAUCUACUGUUUUUCCCAACUCUUCACCCUUUUUUUGUCAAUCUUCUUUGCAACUUUUCAAAUGUUGGCAGAUGUGUUUUGUGUAUAUGCCGUUUGAAGUAAUUUUUAAGGAAAAAAAAACAAGAGGUGGGCUCUUUUGCUUUCUCGAGGUGCACUUAAUAUGUCGGUGUGUAUGGGCGUGGGUACGUGUGUGGGCGUGCUGGGAUCCAGACCAGAUCAAAGAUCAAACUACAACAGCAAAAUGGAUAGUCAAAUAAGAACACACACACACACACACACACACACUGGCCGCUGCAGCAAGUUUCAGGCCAGUCACUGCCACUUUUUGUGUUUUUAGUUGAAAUUUCGAUGGUUACAUCCAAAGUACAGCGUUUCUAUGGAAACAUUACUAAGUUAAAACAGCAUUAAUUCCCUGAGAUUUUUUUUCUUAAGUCGGAUGCCACCAGCCUUUGACACAGCAUCUGAUUUAAGAAUUGUUGCAAAAUGGUUGCCAAAAUAAAUGAACAGCUUGUUACUUUUUUUUAUGUUUUAGGUAGUUUCACUGGACAAAAAGUAGGUAUUAGCACUGCAGGAGAGGUGACUUUUCAAGGGAGGCACCCUUCUAAUUCCAGCCAUGUACACUGUCGGAAGAGUUUCAUGUCUACUCCUCAUUGUAGUUUAUCUUCAGAUGGCAUAAACUCAUCUUUCUGGGGUCCCAAAGAGUAGACUUCUUUCCAUUACAUGUAAGUACUGUACUAACUGAAAGGCUUGUGUUAAUUGAGAUUAUGGAACUUGAAUAUUCCCAAAAGUUUAAUGGGAAAAAGGGUAGUGGGUGGGGGCUUUAACCCUUCAUGAUACGUGCAGAAUUUAGACCCUUAAGCACACUCCGUACCUGCUGGUCAGUGACACUGCGGAGAUGUUUGCUUAAGGCAGCUGUGUCCUCAGGAAGCCGCAAAGUGCCUGUGGCUUAGUCACCAUCCCCAGGCUGCCGUGCCCCUAGUUUAGCCACACAUUGAGCAUUACAGAAAUUUACCCGUUAGCCAGCCCCUUCCCCCUGAUUUACAGAGAUCUAAAUGAUGCUGAGCUGGACCACAGGGUAUUGCUACAACAUUCUGUAUGCCUGGACAUCAUGGCUUUGGUUCGUUCCAGCACUUCACAUGGAGUCAGAGAUUGACUCCAGCCUGUGGUGCCAGGCAACAGCAUGGCUGUGUUUUUGUCACUUCACAAGUCUCGAAACUCGUCCACAGCACUUUUAACAAUGAAGUGUAUUGGAUUAAUU